AUGCCCGCCCCUACCUCGGGUUCCAACAAGCGCAAUAGCCAUCAAUCAGAUGCGACGCCGGCCGAAUAUGAUGGCGCAGAUUUGGAGAGGUCGCAGUCCAAGCGUCUGCGACCUUCCAAACCAGAUGUCAAGAUGCUGCCCACGCAAUAUGAACUGGCCGACCCGCGUGACAUGGUCGUGCUGAUCUCCAGCAUGCUCAUGGAACUGAUCCGAUUCAACGACAAGAUUCCACUACACCAGGGUCGUCUAACUCGCUUCCACUCGCGCUCACCGCCCCGAAUCUCCGUCAUGGUCUACUACAUCGAUCGACUCUGCGCGCUGUACCCCGCCUUCACCGUUUCCAGUCUGACCAUUCAUCGGUUCCUGAUCACCAGCGCCACAGUCGCCAGUAAGGGACUCAGCGACAGUUUCUGGACCAACAAAACGUAUGCUCGAGUCGGUGGAAUCGGCAUGACGGAAUUGGCCAUGCUCGAACUAGAUUUCUUGUUCCGAGUUGAAUGGCGCAUUGUUCCACAACCGGAAGUGUUGGUGGAUUAUUAUCAGAGCCUCGUCGAUCGAUGCGACGGGUUUGAAAUUGAAGGCAUCUGCCAGAAUGGCAGUGCUAAAGCCGGGGUAACGGGUAUUGCUCCAGCAGCCGGUCCUGUUCCAACAUAA